AUGCCAGUCAUCAUUGAAACCAUUUUAAAGGGAUCUGCUGUGUGCAAAUGGGAAUUACAUUUCUCCUUUACCAGAUGCUUACGUGGCAAAGAUAACUGCAAAAUGAUUAAUAACAACAAAAGUGGCGCCCGACUGGCCCGGCUCCGCUUCCGGGGGGCGCUGCUGCCGCCUCCGCGGCCCCGGAGCGGGGGCGCCCGAGGAUCCUUCGCCCCCGGCCACGGCCCCCGCGCCGGGGCUUCGCCGCCCCCCGUGUCCGAGCUGGACCGUGCGGACGCCUGGCUCCUCCGGAAGGCGCAUGAAACAGCCUUCCUCUCCUGGUUCCGCAAUGGCCUCCUGGCAUCAGGCAUUGGGGUCGUCUCCUUCAUGCAGAGUGACAUGGGUCGGGAAGCUGCAUACGGCUUCUUCCUGCUGGGCGGCCUGUGCGUCGUGUGGGGCGGUGCCUCCUACGUGGUGGGCCUGGCUGCACUGCGGGGACCCAUGCAGCUGUCGCUGGGGGGCGCAGCGGCGGGCGUGGGGGCCGUGCUGGCCGUGGGCCUGCUCUGGGCUUGUGACGUCGGUCUCUACAUGGGUCAGCUGGAGCUGGAUGUGGAACUGGUGCCCGAGGACGAUGGGACCGCCACCACCGAAGGCCCCGACGAAGCCGGCCGGCCGCCACCGGAGUGAACAGCUGGGCCACGGGGAAUGGCCGGUCGCUGGACGGCCCGAGGACCGGGACAUUAAAACCUGACCCUUGUCCACAAAAAAAUCAA